AUGGGUAGAAAAAGUCCCGCUUUAAUUGUUGGCAUUAUUAUACAAUUUAUUUGUAUUAUUGUUGCAUUUUCUUCAUUCUUUUUACCAAUUUAUCAAUUAAAAGGUGUUGCUGAUACUCCUAUUGAUGGUCUUACAGCCUCAUCUAUUGUUCAAUUAAAAUAUAGAUCUUACAAAUGUAACAUUGCAACCCCAAUUUAUUCCAAUGCUACCACAUUCUCAUAUAGUGAUACUCCAGGAACUGAAUGUCUUCCAUUCAUUUUACCAAGUCAAAGUAUGGCCAAAACAAGCUUCUAUAUGAAUGUUAGUUUAGCCACUUUAGCCAUCGGUUUCAUUGGUAGUGUUAUUACUUUAUUAUUCACUUUUAUUAUGUCUUGUCACGAUUCUUGCAGAAAUUGUGCUAUGAAAUUCUUUGCUUUCAUCUUUUCAUUAGUACCAUUUGUAUUUUAUUUAGCAAGUCCACUUGUUUUAAUUGCUAUUACUGGUAAAUUCCACUUUAAAUGGGACCACGAUUCAUCAUCAAGCCAAAGUAUCGAUUCAAGUGAAGCACAAUUUUGUGAAAAUCUCUGGUGCGAUAGUUUCUAUGGUUCAAAAUCUGUUGAUAUUCCAUAUAUUGGUGAAGGUAAAAUGACCUGGGGUCCAACUUGGACUUGGGGUGCAGGUAUUGUAGCUUCAGUUCUUGCUUUAGUUUCCUCUAUUCUCACUCUCUGUGCAUCAAACUACAGAAAACAAAGCCAUCACACUGAACACCACCAUUCAAGCAACUACAAAUACUCCAAACUUAUAAACAGAGCUUAA